AUGACCCGACUUGCAGCGUCCAGCAGCCCCCACCGGGCCAUGACCAGCCGCCUGGUGCUGCUGGCGGUGGUGGCCGUACUGUGCCUGAUGGCACCGCAGGGAGUGAGUGCACAAGACGUUGAAUCAAGAAACUCAAAUAAGCCACGUCCUCCCAAGGCGCCCGAGGCACCUCAACCUCCGUCGCCCCAACCUCCGUCGCCAAAGCCACCGAGGCAGCCCAAGGCCCCCAAGCCGCCGUCCCCCAAGCCGCCGUCCCCCAAGCCGCCGUCGCCCAAGCCGCCGUCGCGACCGCCUUCUCCCAAGCCGCCGUCCCCCAAGCCGCCGUCCCCCAAGCCGCCGUCCCCCAAGCCGCCGUCCCCCAAGCCGCCGUCCCCCAAGCCGCCGUCCCCCAAGCCGCCGUCCCCCAAGCCGCCGUCCCCCAAGCCGCCGUCCCCCAAGCCGCCGUCGCCCAAGCCCCCUUCGCCCAAGCCCCCUUCGCCCAAGCCCCCUUCGCCCAAGCCCCCUUCGCCCAAGCCCCCGUCGCCCAAGCCGCCGUCGCCCAAGCCGCCGUCGCCCAAGCCGCCGUCGCCCAAGCCGCCGUCGCCCAAGCCGCCGUCGCCCAAGCCGCCGUCGCCCAAGCCGCCAAAGCACCCCAAGGCUCCCGAGCAACCAACUGCCCCUAAGCAGCCCAUGGCUCCCGAGCAGCCCAAGGCUCCCGAGCAACCAACUGCCCCUCAGCAGCCCAAGGCUCCCAAGCAGCCCAAGGCCCCCAAGCAGCCCAAGGCCCCAGAGCAGCCGACUGCCCCUAAGCAGCCUAAGGCUCCCAAGUUGCCCAAGGCCCCCGAGCAGCCCACUGCCCCCAAGCAGCCCAAGGCUCCCAAGCAGCCCAAGGCUCCCAAGCAGCCCAAGGGCCCUGAGCAACCGACUGCCCCCAAGCAGCCCAAGGCUCCCAAGCAGCCCAAGGCCCCUGAGCAACCGACUGCCCCUAAGCAGCCUAAGGCUCCCAAGCAGCCCAAGGCCCCCGAGCAACCGACUGCCCCUAAGCAGCCCAAGGCUCCCAAGCAGCCCAAGGCCCCCGAGCAGCCCACUGCCCCCAAGCAGCCUAAGGCUCCCAAGCAGCCCAAGGCCCCUGAGCAACCGACUGCCCCUAAGCAGCCCAAGGCUCCCAAGCAGCCCAAGGCCCCCGAGCAGCCCACUGCCCCCAAGCAGCCCAAGGCUCCCAAGCAGCCCAAGGCCCCUGAGCAACCGACUGCCCCCAAGCAGCCCAAGGCUCCCAAGCAGCCCAAGGCCCCCGAGCAGCCGACUGCCCCUAAGCAGCCCAAGGCUCCCAAGCAGCCCAAGGCCCCAGAGCAGCCGACUGCCCCUAAGCUGCCCAAGGCCCCCAAGCAGCCCAAGGCCCCAGAGCAGCCGACUGCCCCUAAGCAGCCCAAGGCCCCCAAGCAGCCCAAGGCCCCGGAGCAGCCGACUGCCCCCAAGCAGCCCAAGGCCCCAGAGCAGCCCAAGGCCCCUAGGCAGCCCAAGGCCCCCAAGCAGCCUUUGGCCCCUAAGCAGCCCAAGGCCCCCAAGCAGCCUUUGGCCCCUAAGCAGCCCAAGGCCCCAGAGCAGCCGACUGCCCCUAAGCAGCCCAAGGCCCCCAAGCAGCCUUUGGCCCCUAAGCAGCCCAAGGCUCCCAAGCAGCCCCAAAUUCCCCUACAGCCCGUGAAGGUCGAAGUCGAGAAAGUCGAGAAGCUGAAGGUGAAAGGCAAGAAGUUCAAGGGCAAGAAGUGGGAUUAUAUGAUUUCAGACUCCAUGCUUGAGUUCAAGGAAGCGGACAACUUUUGCAAGUCCGAGGGCUAUGUUCUGGUGCCGCGAGUCGACAAUACGAAGUCAGACGCUGUUGAUUCAGCCUGCUACCACAGCGGCAAGGGCUGCUGGCUAUCAGACGAGAAGGCCGAUUCUUGCACGUAUGUGAAUUCCAAGGGAGGCGAUAAGGCGUAUGUGAACGACUGCAAGGUCAAGAACUACGCGCUGUGCUAUGGAACCGAAAAUGGGAAGCCUUGA